UUGAAUUGAAACACAAAUAUUUGCUGAAGGGAAAUUCUUUAAUAUUUAAAUACUAAAACUUUAUUUUAAAAUAUAAAAAAGUGUAAAAUGUUGGAUUCCGCAAAUGAUCUAUGUGGCUAUAUUUACUUAACUUCAACUAAUUCGUUCCUGUAUUUUUGUGCUCUUUGUGAGAGUUGCUUCGAAUCGUGCAAAGAGUUUCAAAAUCAUAGUUUAAAACAUAAUCUAAAAUCUUCAAAUGAAAUAAGUUUGAAUGCAGAUGGAGUUUCUACAUUUAACACGGAAACUGUUAAAAGCGUUCUACGACAAAACGGCGAAUCUAAUAUGUAUGACGAAUUUACUCAAGGAAAGAUAACACUCAAAGAAUCGUAUGUGGAAAUAGAAAAAAUAAAUAUUAGUGAUCAGGAAAAUGAUUCACACGAAGAGGUUUCUGAUUUAGAAUCUUCAAAUUCAAACGAAGAUAUUAAGACCAAAUAUGAAGAAGAAGAGGAACUUGACUCCGAAUUAAAUAUUGAAAAUAAUAAAGAGUCCAACUUUCCAUUUUCACAAAACAAUUCAAAUGACAAUAACCUUCGAUGCAAGUACUGUAAAAGAAAAUUUAGUAAAUUAGAAACCCUAAUUCAACACACGAAAAACCACCUUAAUUACCUACUUACCUGCAGAUAUUGUGGAAAGCAUUCUAAUAGAAGAUCUCAUGCUCUGAGUCAUGAAAGAAUUCACUCAAAAAUAAAAUGUGAUAUUUGCGACUGCAAUUUCUCAACUAAAAAUGAGUUAGAAAUUCAUGCUAAAAGCCAUAAGAUAUUCAAAUGUACAUUUCGUGCUGGAGCUUUAAAAAAAACUACUAUUAUUAAUAAAAAUCAUUUAGAAAAGACUAACUUCCAAAAUAAUCCGUAUAAGUGCGAUAGUUGUGAUGCAGCUUUUGUUUUGGAACAUGAUUUAGAAACUCACCUAACAGUCAAACAUUCAGUACAAAAGAAAUUUAAAGUAAAGCCAAAGGAAAAUCAAUGUGAAUUGUGUAAUAAGAAAUUCGAAAAUGAAUUCACUUUAAGAGAGCACAAUUCGAAAAAUCAUUCAGGAAUAAUUCCAAAGUUUUCUUGUCUCUUGUGCUCUCAAUCCUUUCAUGAAUCAAACAAAUUUACAAAGCACAUGAAUAUGCAUAGUGAAAAACCUUUUUUUAGUAACGAUAAAGCAAUACAUAAUGUUGGACUCUCAGCAUCAGAUGAUAUUGAUUUUGUAGGGCAAGAAACUAUAGAUUCUGAUUACAACUCAGAAAAUACGGUUCUUGAAAACUUGAAUGUAAAGUUAGAAAAAGAGUUUUCUAUCAAAAUGGAAGAGAUUGAUUGUAACUCAAAUAAAAACGACUUCAAAGAAGAAUACGUGAAAAAUCAGGAUCUCAUACUGAAUUCCAAUGUAAUUAUGAAACAAGAAAUUGAUCAGAGUCAAAUUAAUAUAGAAAGUGCAUCAAUAAUUUUCCCAUUUGGAUUAGAUGAUUUAGACGAAAUUAAUUUUCAAUGCAAAUACUGCAAAAAACAAUUUAGCGCAAGGAAUAAUCUACUUCAUCACACAAAGGAUCAUUUGGAUUAUGUACUUACAUGCAAAGUUUGCGGAAAACACUCGUCAAGGAAAUCACACGCUCGAAUCCAUGAGAAAACUCACAUAAGAUUAAAAUGUGAUCUUUGCGAUGCCACUUUUUCGAAUGAAAAAGCUUUAGAAAAGCAUAAAACACGUCAUGAGAAAUUAAGAUGCCAAUUCUGCUCUAAAAUAUUUAAAAAGUGCGAUGCAAUUCAAAAUCAUUUGAGAACUCAUACGGGAGAGAAACCUUAUAAGUGUGAUGUUUGUUCAGCUGCGUUUGCAAUAAAAAAAAAUUUACAAACUCAUAUAAUUACUCAACAUACUGGGGAUGUAAAAAAUUUCAGUUGUAAAUUUUGUGACAGAAGAUUUAAAACAAAACAAUUACGAGAUUGGCAUACUAAAAGAGUUCACUUAAAAGAAAAACCAAACCAAUGCGAACUUUGUGGUCUCAAUUUUGCUAACAUGAGUGGACUUCGACGACAUAAACUAAAAAGGCACACUGAGUAUAACAAUAGACCACAUCCAUGUAAAUUAUGUGACAAAAAAUUUGUUGAAUUGAAAAAUUUAACAGAACAUAUGAACACACAUACUGGCGAAAAGCCAUUUGAAUGUAAUAUUUGUUUGAAAUGUUUUGGGCAGCAAAGCUCUUUAAGAGAACAUAAAAAAUUACACACUGGAAAAAAAAUGCACGUUUGCAGAAUAUGUGGUAAAGCUUUUGCUCAGCACUCUGGGUGUUCUAACCAUAUGAAACAACAUCGCAUGGUUGGCAAUGCAAUGUUGGAUUUAGCAGAUGAUCUGUGUGGCUUUAUCUAUUUCACGUCAACUUAUUCAUUUUUGUAUAUUUGUACAAUUUGCGAAAACUGUUUUGAGUCAUCUAAAGAGUUUGAAGAUCAUAGUUUAACAGAGCAUUAUUUAAAAUCUACAAAUGGCACUAAUUCAAAAACGUUUCAGAACUCUAAAUUUAAUUCACAAAAUAUGGACACAAUUUUUUCACAGAGUAGAUUUAACAUAAAUGCAAAACUAGGUCAUGAUAAUCAAAAACUUGCACAGAAAUCUUAUGUAGAAAUAGAAGAAUUAAAUUUUAGCGAGGUCGAAAAUAAUGCGGAAAAAAAUUUAAUCUUAUCACCGUCAAAUUCUAGUAUAAAUUUUUAUUCCGAAAACGAACAAGAAGAUGAUUCUAAACCCACGUCAAAUAUUAAGCAGAUAGAAAAUUUUGCUUUCGGAGAAUGUGACAUAGAAAACAAAAAUAUUCAAUGCAACUAUUGUAAAAACCAGAUUUGUCGAAAACAUUCUCGUAAGAGAUCUCACACUUCAAGUUAUGAAAAAAUUCAUCCAAAAAUGCACUGCGAUAUUUGUAAUUUCAAUUUCUCAAGUGAAAAUGAUUUUGAAAUCCAUGUUAAAAGUCAUUCAAUACUGAAAUGUGCUGUAUGUAAAGAAAUUUUCGAAAAAGUUAGUGAUAUUCAAAAGCAUUUGGAAAUGGUGCAUGCGGAAGUAAAACCAUUAAAAUACAGAAAUAAAAUCAUAGUUAAAGAUGAAUUAUUAACAUCAAACAAAAGCAUUAAAAAUAACGAUUGGGAAGAAACCAGUGUUAGUGAAAAUGAAUUAUCAAAUGCUACUUAUAAUAUGAACGACGAAGGUAAUCAAAGAAAUGCCAACAUAGGAACAAAUACUUUGGAUUUUCCAUUUGGACUAGAUGAUUUAGAUGAAGUAAAUCUGCGGUGUAGGUAUUGCAACAAACAGUUUAUCAUAAGAGAUAGUCUGGUUCUUCAUACAAAAAAUCAUUUAAAUUAUAUUCUAACAUGUAUAAUAUGUGGCAGACACUCAUCUAGAAAAUCACACGCACAAAAACAUCAGGAAACUCAUAAAAAAUUACAAUGUGAUCUCUGUGAUGCCACUUUUUCAAAUGAGAAAAUGUUAGAAAAACACAAAACUCGUCAUGAAAAAUUAAGAUGCAAAUUUUGUUCUAAGAGCUUUAAGAAAAUCGAUGCAAUUCAAGAUCAUCUGAGGAGUCAUACAGGUGAAAGACCUUAUAAAUGUGAUGUUUGCUCAGCAGCUUUUUCAAUUAAGAGGAAUUUACAAACUCAUAAAAUUACGCAACAUACUGGUGAUAUAAGAAAUUUUAGAUGUAAAUUUUGUGACAGUAGAUUUAAAACAAAUGAAUUACGAAAUUUGCACACAAAAAGGGUUCAUUUAAAAGAGAAACCAAAUCAAUGUGAGCUUUGUGGUCUCAACUUUGCUAAUAUGAGUGGACUUCGACGACAUAAACUAAAAAGACAUACAGAUUACAAUAAAAGGCCACAUCCAUGUGAAUUAUGCGACAAAAAGUUUGUUGAAUUGAAAAAUUUAACAGAACAUAUGAACACACAUACUGGUGAAAAACCAUUUGAAUGUAAUAUUUGUUUGAAAUGUUUUGGACAGAAAAGCACCUUAAAAGAACAUAAAAAAUUACACACUGGCAAAAAAAUGCACAUUUGCAAAAUAUGUGGUAAAGCAUUUGCGCAGCACUCUGGGUGUUCUAAUCAUAUGAAACAACAUCGCAUAGUUGCCAAUGCGUAUUAGAUUUACAUAAAAUAUUACAGCUAAUAAAAACUGUAUUUUUGUCGCACUAUUGAUGGCACUUGCUAUUGAUGGUAAUGUUGACGGCACUGGAUUUGAGUUUAGUGCUCAUAAUGCUCCAUGUUCCUUGUCAUUGUGACAUACAAAUAUAUAAAAUAAUUAAUUUAUUUUCUAAAUAGUGUUGGGCUAUUCCUUAAAUAUUGCGCGAAUUCACCCAAAUCCUGGGAAUCACUGAAGUUUCUAUUGGCAGGACCCAUCGCCAUUUUAUAAAUUUUUAGCUCUUUUGACUAAUGAUUUUUCCUAUUUGAUCGUUCCUGUUUGAAUUUUUCACCCUAUUUUGUUGGAAACAUGGCCUACUCCAAAAAUUUUUCUCCCACCCCCUUCACAUGCACAAUAUAGAAUUCCACAAAUGCAAAUUUUUGUAACGUUUUCGUUCAAAUCGAAAAGUAUAAAAAAGUAUGUAUAAUGUUAAAUAAAUUAAAAAUAUAAUUAAAGAAUUGAAGGCAUACGUAUAAGUAAAGAAAUACAUACAUAAGUAUGUACAUCAUCAUCUUUGAAUUGGUUCAUUCUGAAAGAGUUAAAUACAUACAUAUAAUUAAAUUAAAUUUUUAACAUAAAAAUAUUAUAUUUAUAAACAUAAAAAAUUUAUAUUUUUUUGUUUUAUUGACUAAAAUGUUCUUUUUUGAAAACUUUUUUUAAUAAAUUUUUGAUUUUUUUUUUACAUGCCAAUGGAGAAAAAAAUUUGAAUAUUGUGAAAAUUAAGAGUUUAUAAAAAUCAAAGUAUGUACUCGUAUAUCCAUUUAAGAAGUAGUAAGACUCGUUCAAAGCGGUUAGUUUCUCUUUACAUGCCACUUUCUACUACAUAUUCUUAAAAUAUUCAUUUUUAUUAAGAAAUAUGUGGAAAUAAAAAACAAAAUAUUGUA